AUGAAGAACGUAGCGAAAUGCGAUAUUUGGUGUGAAUUGCAGAAUCUCGUGAACCAUCGAGUCUUCGAACGCAAGUUGCGCCCAAAGCCAUCCGGUUGA